GCGCAUGUGUUCAUAAGUACGUGAAUAUCUUGAACAUUUACAAAUAUUUUCUGAUAGAUUAUAAAAAAAGAAGAAAAGUGUUUUAUUCUAUGACAAUUGUUAUUGUAUACUUUGGUAUAAACGGAAAGUAUUGAUUAAAGUUUUAGAUUAUUUAUCAAAUAUCCUGUUUGACUUGCGUAGUUUAUUCAGGAAGGUGGAAAAGGCAUUUGUGUACAUGAGAUGGCGCAGGUUAUAGCAGUUUUAUCCACUAUUCCAAAAUUAUCAUAUCAUCUUCGUACUCGUCUUCCAAAUCUAACUAUCUACGAUGUUUUGUCAGAAAAAGACAAUGCAUCUUCGAAACUCAACGAGGCAGAAAUACUAGUGAGUGAUUGCGAUUUAUUAAUACCAUUUUUGGGAAAAUUACCAAAACUUCAAUGGGUACAAUCGACGUGGGCAGGAUUGGAUAAAUUAAUUCCAUUUAUUCAAGAGAAACCAUUGAAUUUUAUUCUUUCGCGCUUUACAGAUCAAAGUUUUGGUUUAGCUAUGUCAGAAUAUGUAAUAACGCAGAUUGUGAACUUUGAACGAGAUCAGAAACAGCAAUAUGAAAAUCAAAAAAAGGCAGACUGGAUAACGUGUGGCAAAAUACAUGAUCAUAGGUUAAUUUGUGAUUUAAAUAUAGGCAUUUUAGGAUUGGGAAAUAUCGGAAAAUUUAUUGCGCACAAUUUAAAAAUAUUUGGGGCCACGGUUUGGGGAAUGACACGCACUCCUUUAAACGAACAUUUAAAUUACAUAGACGAACAUAGAACAACAGAUCUAUUAACUGAUAUAUUAAAAAACUGUGAUUACAUUAUAAACGUAUUACCAACUACUAAAAAUACAAUUGGACUUUUAAAUGGGAAUAUUCUGAAACAUUGUAAGGAUCACAAGACUGUAUUUAUUAAUAUUGGUCGUGGAACGAUUAUUCAUGAAGCAGAUCUUAUAAAUGCUUUGGAGCGCAAAUGGAUACAUGCUGCAAUUUUAGAUGUCUUCCAAGAAGAACCAUUACCAAAAAGCAGUAAAUUAUGGCAUUUAUCAAAUGUAACUAUUUCACCACAUAUUUCCGGUGUGACACGUCCACAAGAUGUUGCUAAAUUGUUUGCAGAAAACUAUACAAAAUACAAAAAUGGUGAACCUAUACCGAAUAGUUUUAAUUAUCAAACGGGUUAUUAAUUAUUAUAUACGGGUAGUUAAUUAUUAAUUAAACGGGUUAUUAAAAGGUUAUUAAAACACGUUGACGCACAAUUUUAAUUUAACGAUCGUGCUCAGAAACACAAAGAUCGGGCGGCUAUAGCCAUCAUUUGCGGAAACGUAUUAAUUAUUAUUACGGGUCAUACACAUUUCUAAUAAAAUAGACUCCUAUUGUGUGUGUUGAUAAAAAUAAUUAUCAUUGGCAAAAUAAGUAAAUAUAAAAAUGAUCAAAAUAUUUCUUAUAUCAUUGAUCAUGCUUGUUAAUGUUUCCUGUGGUAUAUUUUAAACAAAUAAUUUUGAUAUUUUCUAUAAGAAUUUGAAAUAAGUAAUU